CACCGCCCACCGCAACCCCGCCGUCGCAACCGCGGCCUCACUGCUACCUCCAUCCUCCAAACAAAUCCCCUCUACUACCCAUCGUCCCCUACCUGGCCACGCAUAGAUUCAUUCUUAGACCUCUCUGUUGUUGCCGCCCAUCGCGAGCCAUUGCACAUCUAGCGCCCACAAAGUACUCAAAUCCAACAACCACAACCGGUAGAAUGGACGACCAGCCAUACGCAAAUGGCGACUAUGUGCCUAACGAUACCGAGAUACACGUCGACGCUCACACCCACCCCGCUGUCGCGCUUACAUAUGAUUUGGACGCCAAACCAGGUCCUACCGACAUGAUUGUCGAUGACGAGACCCUUCACAAUCCCCAUCAGUAUGCCAAUGGGUUGAAGAACGAUGAUAUUCCUAUAGACCCUGCACUCCAGAGCGAGAGCGAGGACGAGAAGAAUAAGAGGGACGAGAAAGAGGAGCGGGACGAAAGAGACAACAGAGAAGGGAGAGAUGAAUGGGAGGAUAGGGAAGAGGGGUCCGAAGAUGUCCCAGGGGCCGUCAUCGGAAGAAAAAGGAAAGCGGAAGAUGAUCUUGGAGAUGGUGAAGACGAAAAGGAAGAGCAUGAGCAAGAGCAAGAGGAUGGCAUCGUUGAGGGGGACGAGAACAAUGAUGAAAUUGAGGACGAAGACGGAGUAGCCGAUGCAAAUGACGCCAAGGAGGAACCGGUGCGGGACCUCGUACUGGGAGUCGAGGCUGUAGAAGAAAAGUACGACAAGGCCGAAAGCGAGAUGGCGGCGGAUGAUGAAUACAAGGGCAGCAGGGGGCAGGCGCCAAAAAGAGCUCCGAGGAAGAAGCGGAAGUGGCUUAGGAAAGGAGAAGUCGACCCCGAUGACCCGAUCGCGGUUGCUAGACAACAGGCUAAACACCGAUUGAUAGACGAAGCUCUGGUCAACCUUGACCAACAAGAGAAGGAGCUUCUCAAUGGUUCUCACCCUCAACUGCUACUUCUUUGGCAAGAGGUUGCACGCCGCAAAGACGCUCAACUCGAUUGGGUGGUAGCUCGGGAAGAAGCAGCGGUUCGGGAAGUCACAAAAAUGAGAGAUCACUGGAGAGAUUCAGCCAUCACCAACUUUCACGUCGAGAUGGAGAAGAUUCAGGACGACAUGACUCACGCGAACCGGUUCAUGAUUGCCCGCCUUGCUGGAGAGCGUGUCGCAUUGAGACGGAACCCUGACGCUCUUCCCAAUCUGCGUGCAGGCCGGGGUGGCGGGGGAUGGGCUCUUGCCAACAAGCAUCUGCUCUCCAAAGACGAACAGCCCUUGGUCUCAUUUGAAGCGGACGGUCAGACGCGCCAACGCCGUUCUGUACCGAAAGACAUUACGGUGCUGUCCCAUGCCGACGCCAGAAGCGACCUCGUUAAAAUGGGAGUUCAAACCCGCUCCUCCGCACACCGAUCACCUUCUCCUUCCAGACGGCACACUUCCGAGUACCCUGUACAUCACGGCCGCAGCGCCCCUGCGAAGCGUCCGCCUCCACAGGCCCAGACUGCUCCGUGGCCCCAGCACAGAGACAGGUAUCAGCCUCCUCCUCCACCGCCCAUUCUACCGCCCCAGACACAUAAUGGCGGGAUGUGGGAUCGUCCCUCGAGCAUGUAUCACCACACCCUUCCUCCUCCGCCCCAGCCUUCAUCGUAUAACGCUCGUGCGGCGCACGACUAUGAGGCUGGUCUGCGCAGAGACCGUGAUAGAGAAAGGGAAAGAGAGAGAGAGAGGGAGAGGGACAGAGAAAGAGACAGAGAGAGGGAAAGGGAGAGAGAAAGGUUACCGCCUCCAGGUGCUAUACCAUAUCAGCCCCCUCCCAGAACAGCAGAGCCCACGGGUCGGUAUCACUUCUGGCAACCACCAGCAGCAGGUGGACCGGCGGGCUCAAGUUCAGGAGCACCCAAGGCCGUGCCGCCACCAAUGGGGUACUAUUCGGCAUACCCGCGGACUACAGCACCCCCGCCUCCGCCUGGCAUGGGGCUCCCACCACCGACUAGACUUUGACGCUAGGUGGAAGGCCUUCCAAGCAGGUCUUCCGCGCUUGCUACGACGGUCUAUCCUUUACUCUGCCUUGCUGCAACAUUGCAUCAUCAUUCAUCUUAGCAUUAUCGAAUCUUCAGUACGAGUACUCGAUACAUUUCAUUGCUUCUCCAUUUUUUGUGAGCCUGUGAUUAGUCCAACUUGACCUUUGCUCGCAUCCGUCUCUGUCAUUCACACUUUCAGAUUUCCUGUUGUAAUGUAGCACAUACCCCUAUGAAUACACUAUACUGACCU